GUUCGUUCUGGGUCUACUACUAAUUCCUAGCCGUUCAAUUCUAACAUGGCCGCAUGUUAGUUUACAAUUUUUCUUUAUUGUUUGCCAACGGAAGAACAAGAAUUGGUACUGGUGUUUGGUCCCGAUUAUUCCGCAAUUAUUCAAGAAUAUUUAAAGCUAUAUUUCAAAACCCUUAGUUUACUAUUUACUAUAGUAUCGACGCCGGUUUUAGGAUAUACCUAAACCCAGAAAAUAAUAUUUGGUUCACUCUUUGUUGCAUUAUAUUAAUGUAAAGCUUUUGCGACAAAAUUUUUGUUUGAUAUAAAAUGCUUCAAGAACAUCAUAUGACUCAAAACGGUAUGCAGCGGAAUCCAAGAAUGGGGAUGCAGCAAAUGGGACCACCCCCCAAUCAAAGAGCACCCAUUAUGAUGAGCAUGCCUGCAACGGGUAUGUGUCCAGGUGUGCUUGUCUCAAUGCCAACUGGUCCAGGACCAGCAAUAAUUUCUACAUCAAUUCCACAACAGCCGCAGCCCAAGCCUAUGCAACAGCAACCUCAAGUUUACCAUUAUGAAGCAUUGCCACCCACACAGCCCUCUCAAAACACACAACAAAAUGACCCAGACCAUCAACAGCAACCGCCACAUAUAAGCAACCAGGAGCAACAACAAAUGAGUCAACUUAGUCCCAACACUAAUACUGCUUCUGCACCCAUCCCUCCUUUGGCAAACAUAAAAGAAAAAACACCCAUGUGCUUGGUAAAUGAAUUAGCAAGAUACAAUAAGAUCCAACAUCAAUAUCGUCUAACUGGUGAACAAGGGCCAGCACACAAGAAAGUAUUUACUGUAACUUUGAAGCUUGGGAAAGAAGAAUAUGAAGCUGAGGGCCCUAGCAUCAAAAAGGCCCAACACUCUGCAGCUGCUAAAGCAUUAACCAAGACAGAAUUUAAGCAUCCUCCACCAAAAACUAUAAUUAAUAGGCCUGGCAAUCGGCAGCAGACUGCUGGCAUUGUUACUCCAACUGUGGAACUCAAUGCUAUGGCUAUGAAAAGAGGGGAAAGGGCUGUGUAUGUGAUGGAUGGCAGUGUAGCACCACAUCAGGGUUAUAUGAACCAACCAGGCUAUUUUCCAAGACACAGUUUGAAUUAUCCACAGGCCCAACCGAGAUACGGCGGCUAUGACGCACGCCGAAACGUCAGGAACCAUUAUCCAUAUGACAAUCGGUACUACGGGCAGUACCGACCAGGGACGCCUCAUAAUCAAGGGGACCCUUACAACGUGCGACUUCGUGUUGGAGACCGGGAGUAUCCAGGUACUACUGACUAUGGCCAUGGACCCACUGUCCAAUCCGCGAGACAUGACGCAGCUGCAAAGGCCAUCGAUCAUAUCAAACAGUUGGGGGGCAACGAUGGGAACGAUAAGGCAGGAAAUGAAAAUCCGCAAGUAACUGAAGAAACAACAAAUUCACCACAGAAUGAUGUUAAUUCAGAAUUGAAAUCACCAAUAUCUCUUGUCUACGAAAUUGCGUUGAAGAGAAAUCUGAAUGUUCUCUUUGAGGUUCUUAGUGAGAAGGGUCCACCACAUAUGAAAGUGUUUAUAACACAAUGCAGAGUGGGCAAUUUUCUUGCGGAAGGCGAAGGUAACGGUAAAAAAAUUUCUAAGAAAAGAGCAGCAGAAAAAAUGCUUGAAGAAUUGUCCAAACUACCGCCGCUGCCCAAUUCAAAUAACAUAUCUCAACUUAAGCGGAAACGGGUUACCAAUAAAAAGAAAACUAGAAACCUUAUCAAGGUUAACGUGGAUAAACCUUCUGAAACCACAGAAGAAAUAAAUCCAAUAUCUCGCUUGAUUCAAAUUCAACAAGCCAAUAAGGAGCGGGAACCCGUUUAUACUGUUCUGGAGGAACGUGGUGCUCCUAGGCGUAGAGAAUUUGUUAUUGAAGCAUCUGUUAAUGGACAUUCUUGUACUGGAGUGGGCCCAAACAAAAAGGUUGCCAAACGUAAUGCUGCUGAUGCGCUCCUAUCUGAGCUUGGAUACAUCACAACCACAUCUAAAUCUCCUCAGCAAAAAAAUGAAAAAGAAGAUCAAUCCGCUAGUCAAAAUGACAAAAACCGUAAGGUUACUUUUGUCGAAGAAAAAAGUGAAAAUCAACAAUCUCAAAAUGUAGGUGGUAGUGGUGGUCGACAACUGGUUCCUGGUGUUUUACUGGUUACCGAACAGAAUGCCGGAUUUUCCAAACCUAAAGCUGAUACCACUGAAUGUUCAAAACCGAUACAGACAACUCCAUUGAAAAAUCCUCCAUCUGGAGUUCGAUCUAAGGAUCAGCUGAUGUAUUUAGCCCAACUCAUGAACAUUCAGGUUCAUUUCUCUGAUUUCCCAAAAGCUAAUCACGAGAUGUAUCUAACACUAGUCUCAUUGGGUACAAAUCCACCACAGGUCUGCCAUGGUGAAGGUCCAACAACUGAAGCCUCCCACGAAAAGGCUGCAUUGGAAGCCCUUAAAGUGCUUUCUGAAUUGGGCCUUGAUAUUGCAGCCACCAAGGAGAAUCCACAGAAUAAUGAGUAAAUACAUUUUGUCUUUUUAGUAAAGUAUCUUCCAUUUUAAUCUCACAUUCUUCACAAAUAUAAAUUCAUAAAAUGCUCUUCUAAGAAGGCGACGAUGUUUAUAAAUGUGCUUGUUUUACAGUUCUUAUAUUAUUAAAAUUAUGAAGUAUUUAUUCAUAUGAGCUAAUUUUUAUCUUGAUUUCUCAUUGUUAUUGAUAGAUAUAGAUAAGAAAUCUGUAUUAAUUACCUAAAGUAUUUUUGAAACUUGGAUACCUAAAUAUUAUGCUAUUCGAUAUGAAUGUAAAACAAGCUAACAGAAUAUUUCAAGGAUUCAUUAUUGACAUUUAAUUAAAAAGGAAAAAAAAUGAACUCUAUGUAGCUAUACCAAUGAGUAGGAUUAGGUUGGGCGCUUUUUUUCAUUCAUCGAUGGACCCAUCUGCUGCCACCAUUAUGAGACAGCCAUUCCGAUUUUGUAGACAAAGAUAGACUGGUCAUCAAUGGAUCCAUCAGUGAAUAAAAGAAAGCGCCUGUUAUUGAAUAAACCGUUUAUUUUUUUGACUUGUUACAGAUCGAUAGCUGGUUGAAAAAAAAUUUAGGCAUAAUUUUUAAUAUUCAGAAACAAAUGACUUCAAGCUUUUUUGAAAUGUGUUUAUCUGACGAUCUAUAUCAUUGCGUGCACCAUCCUCGGAACUAAACAUGCAAAAAACAAGACUGUUUUAUAACAUCACAAAAUCGUUGAAUUCUUUGGUUCUGUUGAUCAGUAAUAUUAGAGUAACUGAAAGACAGGAUAUCUGGCUAGAGCAAUGUUUCGUAUGUAUUCGAACGCUGUUGCAGGAAUGAGUAUAUAACGGGUGAUUGAUGGUCGAUGGUAGGUUAGACACUUAGGAAAAACGGAAUGUUGUAUGUUUUUGACAAAUUGCAUGCCCAAGAAAUUCCUCCUGAUCUAUCAUUCUAAAAUAAUUUCAACGCUGCGACGUUGCCGCUUUCACCAAAAAGUAAUAUAAAGUUUAAUAUUUUGAAUGAAACACCUUGUAUAUUAUUGCAUUUUUCGCUCCGCUAUUACUUUCUGAUUAUUUUUGUAUGAUACUGUCCUAUACCUAUCUUUAGUGAUUUUCGACUUAUUAAUUAAUUUCUUUAUUUUUUCUUCAAAGCAUAGCUCUAGUUAAAUUUGUGUUACUAUGUCGGUGACACUCGUAGAAAGUUCAAAUUUUGGAGAUAACCUAGGGAGGUCCUACAUAGUACUUUUGAGCAAGAAAAUUUGUUCUACAUUAUACAGGGUUGGUCAAAAUUAGUAAUUGUGCUACCAGGUACAAAACUGAUGAAAAGUGCACUUUUUUGAAUAGAGCACCCUGUAUAUUAUGAAAUAUUAUAAAAGGCAAUAAAAAUCCCCUACAAAUGAUGUAGUAUGUUCCUAUACCUAAAUAGUAAGGUUUCGGAAAUACGCAAGUUUCUGUUGGAAUUGGAUUAUUUUGGGAUAUUUGUCUAAUGGCUUUUCCGACUGGUAGAUUUAAUUCGCACUGAGUGUAUUUCCAUCUCUUUCUCUCAGCCUGAUGAAGAAACAGAUAGAAAUAAAUUUUCUUUGCACUCAUUCUACCAACCGGAAACCCCAUUCAAUAGCUAUGAAAAAAAGAUUUUCUACAAAAGCAGGUGAUGGCAAAUACUGAAACCAUGAUGACCAUUCACCAUUAAGGAUUGAAAAUAAAUGCAUACGAUGGUCCACUCUUCACAAUGUGUCAUACGCACAAAUAUUUUUUUUGUGUGUGUUUUUGUCUCUCUCCUACUCACAAUGCUUUUGACAGUUCAAUCCAAUGACGUUACAAAAGUCUAUGGCAUCUAUAGAAGUUACCAUAGGCACCUAUGAAAGUGGACCAUCCAUUUUAGCUCCUGUCAGUUUUGAUAUUGUAGAAAAUCACGUGGUUUGGAUCACCUAAUAUGUUUCAUCGUGACCGGUUGGUAAAAUGAGUGCAAAGAAAAUGUAUUUCUAUCUGUUUCUUCAACAGGCUGAGAGAAAGAGAUGGAAAUACACUCAAGUAAGCAUGACAUGCACAAAGGUGCUGAGUGACUGUAUUUGCAUUGUUAUAUUUUUUGGUAUCUCCAGGUAAAGUUAUUUCUUGAUCUAAGGCUUUUGAUCUAAGGCUUGAUCUAAGGUUACUGUGUUUAAAAUCCACUUUGGAACUACUGCAAUAUUUGAAAUUCUAUUUUCUAUCUCAUCAUUAUAGAAUAGAGACCAAAAAGAAAAAGCAUUAAGAACUGAACAGAGAACUACACAGCUUUCCUUGUUAUACAUAUAUGAGAAGUUUCAUAGCUGUAUUCAUAAUUAUUAUUCCUAAGCUAUAAUAUUUUAUACCUGUGUUGUUUCAGUUUCUUGAUAUCAAUUGUGAUUUGAAAUAUAAUUCAGUAUUCUACAGUUCAUUUGAAAUUGGUAGGUGAAGUGGAAUUAUUCAUGUGUGACGGCAGCCGGCAACGGCACCAGCAGACCAAACGUCAAGUUUAUGAAUUGGCCUUAAAAAUGAUACAAUUCUUAAUAGCUAAGAGUUUAUAUACAAUAAUUUAACAACAAUUUUCAAUAAUUUACCAGCCUAUCAAAUUGGUUAACCAAGAGUAUGAUUGAUUGAUGAUAUGAUUGAUAUGGAUAAUCAAAUAAACAAAGCUCAGAAAAGUUUGUUGUAUUAUAUAAGUACUUUAUGAAAGUGAAGCCAUCGCUAUAUCAUUUUUAUUCAGUGUUCUUCUUUAUUAUCAUUGGUAAAGAAUACAUAUUCAAUUUCUAAGAGUUCCAUGUGGCCAUGUAAAAAAAUUUGUUAUUUUUUUCAUUUCUUGAAUAACUUAGAAUUACCUACUUAAGGUCUUAUUUAUGUGAUGUCAUUUGAACUUAUAAAAAUGAUUUCAUAUACAUAUAAUUAUAAUUCUGGUUAUUGAUGCUUUUGGCACUAGUCUAUAUGUAUAGUGCCCACCGAAUUUCGUUUAGGUUAUGGGGCGACCGAAAACGGAAUCGGCCAGUAGUUCAGAAUUGGUUGUUUCUAGUUAAUAAUUUAUUUUCUAUUGUAUCCAUUGCUAGUUGCUAAAUCUUUUGACAUUACUUUUUGGAUGUCCUUCUAUAUUUAUUGUAUCGGGCUUUUAAAUAAGAAGUCAAUUAGAGUAUGUUGUGUAUUCUAUUACUUCUGAAAUGUAUAAUAAAGUGUGUUGAUGAAAUCACGAGUUGUUGCUGGGUCAGCUUUCAGACGAUUUUAGUUUACUUCUCAUUUGAAGGCCCUGAAUGUUUCUUUUACUUGUUACCAUGUCUAUAGCAAGUCUAAACAUUGUGUAUAAUUUUUAUAUUUAUUUUAUUUAUUUAUUUCUAGUUAUAGAAUUGCUUAUUCGCAUAAUUGAAUUUUUCACUUUUAGUAGAAGGAAUUCAUCCCCAUAAAGAUUGUCAAGAUAUAAAAAGAGUAGAUAUUUUAGAUGCAAAUAAUUAAUAUUGUGAAUACAUUCGGCAAUUCUGAUCUGCUGAUUCCACCUAAUUUGUAGAUUGAUUUCAUUAUUCCGGGGCUUUUUUUAUUUUUACUUUUUACACAAAUAUUUAUUGUACAGGUUUUAUAUUGUAAUACUUUUUUGUUUAUUUUUUUUUUUUAAUACAAAAUUAUAUUGAUUAUAAAAUUUAUAUAUUAUAUUGAUGCGUAUUAUAAUUGAUUAUUUAUUGUGAUUUGAGCGGUAAUUUUGCAACUAUGUACUUUAUUGUAGGUAAGAAUUUUUACCUUAUAAUUCGGAGCGGGUGCUUUUUGAAUCCAAUUGUUAAUUAUCAAACUUACUAAGCUCUUGCUGCGUAUUUGGGAAUAGAAUAUAGGUUCCCUACGGAAUCUACUUCUUGCCUCGUUUUGAAAUCAAUAAACAUAUACUCACAUA